AUGGGGAACUGGUUUGUCAAGCUGUUCUCGUUUCAUACGGAGAAGCGCAUCGUGAUGGUGGGCUUGGACUCGGCGGGCAAGACAACCAUCCUCUACAAGAUGAAGCUGGGGGAGUUGGUGCAGACCCUGCCCACCAUCGGCUUCAACAUCGAGUCGGUCGAAUACAAGAACAUACGCUUCACGGUGUGGGACAUCGGUGGGCAGGACCGCAUAAGAGGCCUGUGGCGACAUUACUACACGGGUGUAGAGGGUGUGAUAUUCGUGGUGGACUCUUCAGACAAGGACCGCAUCGACGAGGCCUCUGAAGAGCUGCAGAUGAUGCUACGCGAAACGGAGCUCAAGAAUGCGGCGGUUCUUGUCUUUGCAAACAAGCAGGACGUGGAAGGCUGUCUCACGCCUGACCAGCUCACGACCCACCUCAAGCUGCACGACCACAGGAAACACGCGUGGAAGGUGCAGCCGUCCAACGCCACAACAGGCAUGGGCUUGUUCGAGGGCAUGGACUGGCUCGCCGCCAAGCUGCGCGAGUCCCCCAGGACAUAG